AUGAGAAGAGAGGAGUCUUCUGGUGCUUUAAAUCAUUAUUGGAAACCUCCAACAGCAGAAGAAUUAUUAGUUUGUGUCCUUGAUCCAAGAAUCAAAAAAAUCAAAUUUUCAUCUCAAACUAUACAAGGACAAACAUUUACACUUUUAAAAACUAAAUUUAUGGAAUUUUCUCAAAUUGAAUCACAAAUAUCUACUCCUGACAAUUCUAUACCAAAAAAAAUUAUUAAAUCAAAUAAAAUAUAUAAACCAACAUUAUUGGAAUCUACUUUUGAUAGUCAAGGAAAACCUGCAUUAAGUAUGAUUAUAAAUUUUGAAAUUAAUUAUCAGUAUUAA